AUGGCCCUAACGAAUAGCGGUCCGUUGCGUUGUCUGUCCAUUUAUCUUCGACGAGCUUACAGUAGCUUUAAUAGUGCACAAGAGGUUACGCACACCGGUCAGACGUUUUCGAAAAAUGAUCCUUCUGUCAUGCGUUUCAAUGCAAGCAAUAAAUUAGUAAAUAAGCAGUUCGCAGAAAAACUGAUAGCAGAAGUCCCUCCAAUUGCAUGUAAAGAACACAUUGUAAGCUGUGAUGGUGGUGGUGGUGCACUUGGUCAUCCAAAAGUAUACAUCAAUUUGGACCAACCAGGAAACCACGCCUGUGGAUACUGUGGUCUUCGCUUCUACCUGGACAACAAAGGCCAUUGAAUGUGUUAAUUGAAUAUAGUUCUUAGAAAAGCCACAUUAGCACCUGUGGUGUUGAAUAUCGGAGAAUCUAUAUAUGCAUCCAAGAUAUUGAACUUUUAAACAACAAUGUAGCAUACUUCUUCAUACGCUUGUAUACAAAACAUAAUUUGCAAUCAGGAUUUCUUAGCCUCAU